AUGACGAAACCCAGGGCGGUGGUGAAUGAGACGUGGCGUCGAAUGGAGAAGGAACUGUUGCUUCGUGUGCAGCAGAAGUUGGAUACGAUGACGAAACCCAUCGCAGAGACGUCGCUGUUGGUGCGUACGAUGCAGCACCGACUUAGUGUAUGGAGCAGACCGCACGAAGUCCUGUGGCCGUUGGCGCUGGUGUGGCUGGCUCUGAUUUCCGUGUGGCUGAUGUACAAGGUGAUUAAGGCCCCGAGCGCCCCCGGGAGGCCGUCUGCGCAAGUGCGGCCAUACGAGAGCGCGGAUCUAAGCCUCUCAUUUCACCGAAUGAUCUAUCUAUUCCUCUUGCGGCAGGUAGGCCAUAUGGCCGUGCCGCUCCCGCUUUGA